ACUGACGGGACGGCUACGGAUUCUGUUGUGUGUUCAUAUUGUAACUCGUAGCACUGCGUGUGUUUCUACGGUACACCCUUAUGGGUCGAAUAAUUUACAAUUUAAUUAAUUUGAUUGUCAUACUGAUAAUGGAAAUCAAUAGGACCUCGAUGUAAAUGAGAGGAAUUUUCCUGCAAGCAAUUUUAUAUCCACGCCGAGUUGGCGUCGAGUGCAAUAAUAAUAAAUUAUAAUUAAGUUGCGGGCACAAAAUGGAGGCGCACUGCAGAUUAUGUUUUGAGGAGCGUGCGGAGAUGGAACGAAUAUUUCCGGAUGAAAUUGAGGACGAUAUCGAUUGCGAGUCUCCGAUGGCAAUAAAGAUUUACAAAUGUACCUCGCUCCAGUUACCAGUCGAUGAGAAGGAUUUAACUUCGCAAAUUUGCAGAGAAUGUAAUGCAAAAUUAGAUGAGUUCUUCCAGUUUCGAGUAAAUUGCCGAAACAAUAAUUUACUCUAUGUUAAAGGAAAACUUCCGGUAACACAAAAUAAUACAUUGGAGAAUAAUAAAUCUGAGCUGGAGGGUGAUGACACCAUACUAGAAAAACUCGACGAAACAUUGCUUAGAGCACUGGAAGGUAGAGAUGUUGACCCGUCUAGUUUUGAGCACGCUUUUGGCAGUGAGGUAAAUCCGGAGGAUUUGUUGAAGAUUAGUCUUGGUCAAGAAAGUGAAACAACUUUGACCCCCGACGAACCGGUUAGUUCAAGCUCUGCACGAUGCAGUGGAUGUGGUGAAGAUUUUUUUACUUCGAUUGAAUUAACUCAGCAUCUGGAGUACUGUCCGUCUCGUUUGAAAAGUGAAGCAUUCGAUUUGCAGUAUGCGAGUAUUAGUGCGACGGAAAUGAACUGUUACAUAUGCCAGAAAAGUUUUACGAAUCAACAGGAACUAAAGUAUCAUGAAUCACAGCACUCUAAUCAUUUGAUGAAGUGCAACUUUUGUCUUCAAACUUUCAACUGUUCGCGCACCUUUAAAUUCCACAUGGAUCAGCAUAAGAUGAAAAAUACGUUACCGGAUGGUCGUUUCAAAUGCGACUUGUGCGAAGCUACAUUUAAACUGUACGGCAAUUUGAUAAUUCAUAGGCGCAGCCAUACUGGAGAACGUCCUUAUCCAUGCAACAUAUGCGGCAGGGCGUUCUCUACUUCCAGUAAUAUGAAAACGCACAUGAACGUGGUGCACUCACAGAAUCGUCCAUUCAAAUGUCAACAUUGUCACAAAAGCUUCAACUCCGAAACUCGCAUGCGCUCCCAUAUGGAAACUCAUUCUUAUCCGAUGGGUAUUGCGCACAACGAGGCAGGCAACGGGGAACUGUCCAGCACGUGCAAAGUUUGCAAUAAAAGUUUUAGCCAUCCGUCUUACCUCACCAUACACUAUCGGGUUCACACCGGAGAACGUCCGUACCAGUGCUGUUACUGUGCCAGCGCCUUCGCAACUAGUGGCAAUUUAAAGGUUCACAUGCGGGUUCAUGCGUCCCAAAAGGUGCGGCCUUACAAGUGCAACAUGUGCACUAAAUCCUUCCUUCACGCUAGCAAUCUAUCGGUACAUAAGAAAACUCAACACUACUAAGGGUAAUCUAACAUGCAGGUCAUCAGAUGAGAUACAGCGAACUUAGACUAUUUAUUUUUUUAUUUAUUUUUGUUGCUACACUUAACUACUGUUACGGCUUUUUGCUAGAGUAAAAUUAUGUUCUCUAAAGUUUGUUUCAUUAUUGACAUUAAUAAAUGCAACAUAUAUAUGAUACUAUAA